AUAACUACAAUGAGAAUCAGAUGUGAAUGAAAAAAUAUUUGUUUUUAUCAAAUUUAGAAAUUUAAAAGCAAAAUUUCACUUUCAUAUACAAUAUACUAAUUUAGACGAUACUAUGAAGUUAAUUAAGAAAGGAAUUGAAAGAGAUCGCUCGGGCUUUGUAAUUCUUUACCCUGAAGAGCUUGAAGAUAUGUGGCAUGUUUAUAACCUUAUUUCCAUAGGUGACCAACUUAAAGCUACGACAAUUCGACGAGUACAGAAUGAGAGCUCUACUGGCACAGUAGAAUCACAACGUGUUAGAUUGACAUUAACGAUAACUGUAGAAAAUAUCGAUUUCGAUCCGCAAGGGGGUCUAUUGAGGAUUAGAGGAAGGAUCAUCUCCGAGAAUAAAUAUGUGAAGAUGGGUACAUAUCAUACAAUCGAACUUGAAUUGAAUAGAAACUUCACACUUCUAAAACCAGAAUGGGAUAUAAUAGCACUCGAACGUGUGAAUGAAGCAUGCGACGUUACGAAACAAGCGGAUGUCGCCGCUGUUGUCUUACAGGAAGGCCUAGCAAACGUUUGUUUGGUUACGCAAAAUAUGACAAUUGUUAGACAACGAAUUGAACAUCCUAUUCCUCGAAAAAGGAAGGGUUCCGUAACAAAUUAUGAAAAGGGAUUGCAAAAAUUUUUUGAUCAAGUCAUGCAAUCUAUUUUGCGUCAUAUUAAUUUUGAAAUUGUAAAGGUCGUUAUUUUGGCUAGUCCUGGUUUCGUUAAGGAUCAGUGCUUUGAAUAUAUCUUUGCCGAGGCAACGAAACAAGAUAUCAGACAAUUUAUUGAGAAUAAAUCAAAGUUCGUUCUUAUUCACUGUUCUUCCGGUCAUAAACAUGCAUUACAAGAAGUAUUACAAGACCCUUCCAUACAGAAACAGCUCUCUGAUACAAAGUAUUCACAGGAGGUUUUAACACUUGAUCAGUUUUUCAAAAUGCUAAAUGAUGAACCUGAUAGAGCUUAUUAUGGAUGGGACCAUGUAAGAAAAGCUGGUGAGAGAGGUGCUAUCAGAACUUUGUUAUUAUCAGACGAGUUGUUCAGGUCUGCGGAUAUCUCUACCCGUAAGAAAUAUAUUGAACUUGUUGAAUCGGUUCGUGCCAUUGGUGGCAAAGUGCUGAUUUUUUCAAGUUUACAUGUUUCGGGAGAACAACUAAAUCAACUUACUGGAGUUGCAGCAAUAUUAAACUUCCCUUUACCAGAAAUUGAAGAGGAAGAAGAGGAAGAGAAUGAACAAGAAACCGUAGUUGAAACGACAUAAUUAUCUUUUGACCAUUGUAACUUGAAGAAUUACAAUAUUAAUGAACAAAUAUUUUGAGAGAACUCCAAAAUGAAGGCUUUCUUCUUACAAUAUUCCAGUAAGUUAUAUAUCUUUGAACCUUAAUAAUUUUCUUUAUAUAGAAGAAUGUUAUCAAUUUAUAUGAGCAUUAAAUAUUACAGAAUGUGGUACUUACGGCAAGUGAUAAGACAAUUAUUACAAAUCAACAAAAAAUGUGAACCAUCAUUUUUUAAUCAUUGUAAUCAUUAUAAUCUUUGUAUAAUUAUUUAUAGUUGAUUAGUUAAAUAAUAAAUAUAUAUAUACACAUAUAAUAAAAUUGCAUUCUUUCUUCUU